AUGGUUGGUUCCUGUGGAGAUCCAGGCAUUCCUGGUCAUGGGUCCAGACAGGAGAGUGACUUUAGGACCAAAAGUGUUGUACGCUUCUCUUGUGAGACUGGUUAUAUUCUUCAUGGCUCAGAAGAAAGGACUUGUUUAGCCAAUGGAAGUUGGACAGGAAGACAGCCUGAAUGUAAAGCUGUUCAAUGUGGUAACCCAGGGACUACUGCCAAUGGGAAAGUGUUCCGUAUAGAUGGUACAACAUUCUCCAGUUCAGUCAUUUAUUCUUGCAUGGAGGGAUACAUACUUUCUGGAUCAUCAGUGAGGCAGUGUAUAGCCAAUGGAACAUGGUCUGGAUCCUUACCCAACUGUACAAUUAUCAGUUGUGGGGAUCCAGGUAUACCUGCCAAUGGAAUGAGAUAUGGAGAUGAUUAUGUAGUUGGACAAAAUGUUACUUAUAUGUGCCAGCCAGGCUAUACAAUGGAACUGAAUGGCUCCAGAAUUCGGACUUGUACUACUAAUGGCACAUGGAGUGGGACAAUGCCAACUUGUAAAGCUGUUACCUGCACAACUCCUCCCCAGAUCUCUAAUGGAAGAUUGGAAGGAACAAAUUUUGACUGGGGAUUUAGUAUUAGCUACAUCUGUUCUCCAGGCUAUGAACUAUCCUUUCCUGCUGUUUUGACCUGUGUAGGGAAUGGAACCUGGAGUGGGGAAGUGCCACAAUGCUUACCAAAAUUUUGUGGCGACCCUGGAAUUCCUGCACAAGGGAAAAGAGAAGGCAAAAGCUUCAUCUACCAGUCAGAAGUCUCCUUUAGUUGUAAUACCCCUUUUAUUUUAGUGGGAUCAAGCACCAGAAUAUGCCAAGCUGAUGGAACUUGGAGUGGUUCAUCACCACAUUGCAUAGAGCCCACUCGCACAUCAUGUGAAAACCCUGGAGUACCACGUCAUGGAUCACAGAACAAUACAUUUGGAUUUCAAGUAGGAAAUGUUGUACAAUUUCAUUGUAAAAAAGGACACCUCCUACAAGGUUCAACAACACGAACUUGCCUUCCUGACCUCACAUGGAGUGGAAUUCAACCUGAAUGUAUACCACACAGCUGUAAACAACCCGAAACUCCUGCUCAUGCAAAUGUUGUAGGAAUGGAUCUUCCAUCCCAUGGCUAUACACUGAUAUAUACAUGUCAGCCUGGUUUUUUCUUAGCAGGAGGAACAGAACAUAGGGUUUGUAGAUCUGAUAGCACGUGGACAGGAAAAGUUCCAGUAUGUGAAGCGGGUUCCAAAAUUUUGGUGAAAGAUCCUAGACCAGCUUUGGGAACACCCAGUCCAAAGUUAAGUGUUCCUGAUGAUGUAUUUGCCCAGAAUUACAUAUGGAAAGGCUCUUAUAAUUUCAAAGGCAGAAAACAACCUAUGACUUUGACAGUGACCAGUUUUAAUUCAUCCACAGGAAGAGUAAAUGCAACACUAAGCAACAGCAAUAUGGAAUUGCUACUUUCAGGGGUUUAUAAAAGCCAAGAAGCUCGCCUAAUGCUACAUAUCUAUUUUAUUAAAGCACCAACUCAUACUUCAGUGAGCAAAAUGAAGGAGGAAAAUUGGGCCAUGGAUGGUUUUGUUUCUGCAGAACCUGAUGGAGCAACUUAUGUGUUUCAAGGAUUUAUUCAGGGUAAAGAUUAUGGGCAGUUUGGACUUCAGCGAUUAGGACUGAACAUGUCAGAAGGUCCUAAUACUACCAACCAACCACAUGGUACCAAUAGUAGUUCUGUGGCCAUUGCUAUCCUUGUGCCUUUCUUUGCCCUUAUUUUUGCCGGUUUUGGAUUUUACCUUUAUAAACAGAGGACUGCACCUAAAACACAGUAUACUGGAUGUUCUGUACAUGAAAAUAACAAUGGCCAAGCAGCUUUUGAAAACCCCAUGUAUGAUACCAAUGCAAAAUCAGUCGAAGGGAAAGCAGUACGAUUUGACCCCAACUUGAACACAGUCUGCACAAUGGUAUAAUGUGUUAACACUUUGGCUUCUUCAGAAGUUUGGAAAUGGAAACACAAUACAGUGCACAUUUAGGCCACUGCUAAACAAAUUAAAGCACACUUUUCAGGAUUUACUGGGUCACCUUUUCCUGAGGAAUGAUAGAGAAGAGUGUUUUUUGUUUCGUUCUUUUUUUUUUUUUCAUAAACUGGAACAUGACUCUUCUUCAUGUUUACCAUGGAGAGUUUUACAGAGAAUCAGCUGCACUCUGUGAGUGCUUACUCACAGUUUAUUUGCUUUUUUAAAAAAGGAGAUUAUUCUAAAACAUAAACUUAUUUGCAUAUAUUGGAGGAGCAUCCACUAUCGGUAUUUCUGUGCUUUAUAAACUAUAUUAGAGGGACUGGGUUAAAAAAAAAAAGAUAUAGGAUAGAAAAUAAGAGCUAUACUUACAAGAGACAAUAGGUCACUGACUUCUCUUUAACAGUCAUGAGCUACAUCAAUCCCAUGAGUAUGUACUUUGUACCACUUUAUUGGCUAUUCAUCUUUGUUAACCAAAUAUUUCCCACAUAUUUGUUUUGAAGAUCAUGACAUGACCUUGAAAUUGCUUAUAGAAUUAUUUUAUGCCACAGUUGAAAAACAAGGUUUUAUGCUCUUGUUUCAUUUCUCACUGUUUUCAGUUCCUCAAUAUUAUAUCAGCAUUCCUGUCUUAGGUUGACAGUAAUAAUUUCUAAAAGGGCAAUGAGAUCAUGCUACUCCUAUUCAUAGCCCCAGUGUUCAAUUAUUAGUUUAUCAGUGAGUAUUGGGGUAGUAUGAGAUUUCUUACUCUAUUGUGCUUUUAGAACCUGACAAAACAUGUUAAAUGAAUUUUAAGAGUUAUAAUUAUACAAUACUCCCAAAAUGACUGUCUUAUUAAAGUUCCCACUUUUGAAAGACCAAGUAGUACAUGUUAAACUGUUAUAAACUGUUAUAUUGAUACACUAAUACUUCCAUAUUGAAGUCUCUAUCAGAAUCAUUUUCUAUUUUAUUACCACAUAAAUAAUAUUAUUUUACUACUUCUAUGUUUAAUAAGGACAUGUACAUAUUAUCUGUGAAAUGCACAGAGUUUGAAUACAUAUUUUGGUUUCAUUUCCCAACAAUGAUAAUUAGAAUAUUUAUUUAUAAAGGUCAAGCAAUAGAAAUCUGGUUGUUGUUUUUUUUUUUCUUUUUUCAAGCCACAAUUUCAUCAAGGGUUGCUGUAUUAGCAAAAUUUCCCAACUCCUUGUCCUAAUGGGAAAGUUUGGGACAUGGUAGAGUGAUUUCCAUUUCAUAGAAGGAAAUCUAUUCUUCAGCUUGAUGGGUAGUCUUUUCAAAUGGGCCAUACAAUAACCCCAGUUUCUUUUUUUAGUGGGCCAUUGUCUUCCCUUCAUGGCAUGUUAUAUUUCAUUAGCUACAAAUCUGUACCCAGUGCAAACUAUUUGUUACUCUCCCUUUCCAAUAUAAAUAAUAACUCUGUGAAAAUCAAAACUUUUCAUACCAUGAUACAGAGUGCCUACCAAAAAUCAUUGCACCCAGGACUGCUGCUUGGAUUUCUACAACACUUAAUGAAUUUCGUACAAACCACUUUGAAACCUAUUGUUUUGAAAAUUCAUAUGAAUCUCUCAAAACUGUAUUCUACUGAUAGGAUGCUGUUUUAUAUUUUAUGCCAUCAGUUAUUUAUUCUUGUUUAUUCAAAUGACUGCAAUAACAAUGAUUCAUUCAUUAAUGUUAAGGUUAAUACAUUUAAGACCUUGUUUAAACAAUGUUUCUUCUGCAACUGGCUACUCCUCUUAUAUUAAUGCAUACACUUUUGUAAAGAAGUAUAUUUUUAUGAAAAAAAGAAUUUGUAAAAGUAUGAUGUAAAUUUUCAGUGCAAUGUAAACAAAAUAAAAUGGAUAAUUGCUUUUUUUUACAA